AUCCAUCUGAGGACCACCCUGGAAAAAAAAAAAAGAAAAAAAGAAAAAAAAAGAAAAGAAAUAAAAGGGCCAAAGUAAAAGGGGGCGUCGAGUUUAGAGAGAGAGGAAAAAAAGAGAGCCCAACUUCUAUCAAUCAUCUUAGGUUUACAUCUUUCUCUCUCUAGCGCUAGGUGGAUCUCUCUAUAUCCACACUUACUGGAACAAGGGACCCAAAACCCACCCAUCCUAACCUUCUCUAAUGAAGUAACACUUCACUUUCUCUCUCUAAAAAGGGUCGACCCCCAUUACUAAUCUCUCCUUUUAAAACCAGAAUGUUUAGAUGCCUGAGCUUUCUGUGAAUGGUGGUCAUAGAAUCAGAAAAACAGAAGUUGGGGACUCUAACCGUUGUCAACAAAACCUGGGAGAUAAAUCUGUAAAUACCAUCCAGGUGGAAGGUGUUGCCCUAUUAGAUGCAAAUAGACCCCAACAAGGCAUGGUAUAUGAGAUAUCUCAUGGCCUCUGCAAUGGACAAGGUUCUUUCCUGAGUGUGGAUCAUCAUAGUCCAGAAUUGCUUGAUAGAUCAGUAAAAGAUGCUAGGGUCAAAUGUUCUCAACAAGGGCCUGUACAUGAACUAGCAAAUGGAUUUUGUGAACAAGGUAGAAUCCCAGAAAAUAAAGAGGAAGACUGUCAUUCAGUGAACUUUGUUAGGAAAAUGCCCCAGGACCAAGCAUCUCAUAUUCCUCAAGAAGCUGGAAAUGCUCAACACCAAGCAUCAGAAACUGCACAUGGAGUCGAAAAAGCUCCACCCCAAGUUCAAGUAUCCGGUAUGAUGAAUGAAAUAAAUAAAGUACCAAAAAGUGGAACCCAAUAUAAGCAAAUGGAGAGGCUUUCUGUUUCAGAAGCCCUUUGUAAUGGGAAUUUGGACAUACAACACAUCGAGGGAAAGGAAUCAUUUAGAAAUUUAAGGGAAGAUCUCUCUGAACCAUUUAAUACCAAUAUGCAUGAGCACAGCAUGGACAUAGUUUCAGGUUCUGAAAGCUUGACUAAGUUGGAAGAUGUGCUGGCAAACAGAACUGUUGAAUCUGCAACGGAUGAUCCAGAGCAAGAUGUUACUAUGGCCUUGUGGGUGAAGUGGAGAGGGAAAUGGCAGGCAGGAAUUCGAUGUUCAAGGGCUGAUUGUCCUUUGUCUGUCUUGAGGGCAAAACCCACUCAUGGGAGGAAAAAGUAUUUUGUCGUAUAUUUUCCCCAUACAAGAACACAUUCGUGGGCAGAUAUGAUACUUGUUCGUCCAAUUUAUGAUACACCAGAGCCUCUUGCUUAUGGUACACACUAUGGUGGCAUAGAGUUGGUCAAGGAUUUGAACACUCCCCGUCAUUAUAUAGUGCAAAAGCUUGCAAUUGCUAUGCUAGAUAUAAGUGAUCGACUACACACAGAGGCUGUGAUUGAGAGUGCUCGCAGGGUUACAGCUUGGAAGGAAUUUGCUAGGGAAGCUUCUAGAUGUGAAGGCUAUUCUGAUCUCGGAAGGAUGUUACUUAAACUUCACAGUAUGAUACUGGUUAACUACAUAAACCCUAACUGGCGAGAAAAAUCUUUUGACUCUUGGGCAAAACGUUGUCAAAAUGCACGAAGUGCUAGAUCAGUUGAAGAACUUACUGAGGAACUGGUGGAUUCUGUGCUUUGGGAUGAAGUUUCAGAUCUUUGGGAUGCACCUGUCCAGCCUGAUCUUGGGUCAGAAUGGAAGACUUGGAAGCAUGAAGUCUUGAAGUGGUUCUCAACAUCGCAUCCUUUAGAGCAGAGGAGCUUCAAUGACUCGGGAAGCUUUGCCCCCCAAUUAACCAGAAAAAGGCCAAAGCUUGAGAUUCGCCGUGCCCAAGUAGAAAAGUUUCAAAAACAUGCUCAAGGAGCACAGAUUGAUGCCCAAUUAAGCAAUUCUCAGAGUCUUGAGAAGGCUCCUUCUCUCUCGGAAGGACCGUCUACUGGGGUUUCUUUGCAGAGUGCAAAUCACAUUUAUUUGGCGAACAGGGGUGAUGCAAUUGCUCUUGAAAAUGAGAAUAUGUGUUCUCCCAUUAAAGAAGAUAUGGGUACACCUGUCGGUGGAGGGUCUACGUUUCGCCAAUGCGUUGCCUUAUUAGAAGAUAAAGGGAGAGAAUGUGGAAUGUGGGUGAAUGAUGGGGGCAGUUAUUGUGAUUUACAUAUGAAUACCUGUACUCCCAUUGGUGAGCAAUCAGCUUCUCCUACUUCCAAGGAUUUGAUAUGUGCAGGAAGGACAACACAUGGUCGGAGAUGUUCACACCGCUCUCGAAAUGGUGCUCCUUAUUGCAAGAAACAUAUGUACCAGGAUCAUCAAGAUUCAGCCAUUAUUGAAGUGCCAUCAAGUUCAUCACCGAAUAAGCUUAAGCGAAAAUUUGUACAGGAGAGAGAACUGGAGACCAAUUCUACCUCAGGAGUUGUUUCUAAUUCUUGUAGAGAAAUUGUUUUAGCAGGGGAAGAUAAUACUCCUAUUGUGGGGCAUAAAGCAGAAUGCGAAACUGAUUCUACACGUGGCCCACUUAUGGGUUCUGAACAUGGUAGUACAUCAUCUGCGCCCACGAAAUUUUAUAGUCCCGAGAUGCCACGGUGUGCUGGGUGGUGUAGGAAGAACAAUGACCAGUGUUUACACAGGGCAAAACCAUACUCUUUUUACUGUGAGAAACAUGUACCAAGUUGGCUUAGACAAGGAGCAAAGAGUAGUGACCCAUUGAUCUCCUCCGAUGUCUUUCACGACCUUCUCAGGAAUUCAAAUUCGGGGAGAGAGAAAUCACACUUCCAUCGGGCUUCCGAACUCCUCCAUGAAUUCAUGAGGGGGAGCCUUUCUAAAGGUGCUGAUCAAAGCACAGAUGCUAAGGGAAGAUAUAUGGAUUGGAUUAUAUCUGAGGCCUCCAAGGAUGCAAGUAUUGGAGAAUGUCUUUUGAAGCUGGUUUCUCGUGAGAGAGAGAGGAUCAGGGCACUCUGGAGAUUUGAUACGAAUAAUGAGAUGGCUAUUGUACCCUAUGUUUCAUCAUUGAAUUCGGAAGAAACCCCAAGUCUACUUUUGCCGUGCAAGAAUGAUGGUAGAGUUGAAGAUCAAAGUGCCACCCUAAAAUGCAAACUUUGCUGUCUUGGCUUCACUGACGACCAAAAUCUUGGGGUGCACUGGAUGAAAAUUCACAGAAAAGAAGCCCAGUGGCUCUUUCGGGGGUAUGCUUGUGCUAUUUGCAAGAGUGCUUUCACUAACAAGAAAGUUCUCGAUUUGCAUAUUAGAGAGAGACACUGCCAAGAACCACUAGAGAAGUGCAUUUUAUUACAAUGCAUACACUGCAAUUCCCAUUUCACUAAUCUUGAACAAAUGUGGCAGCAUGUUCUUGCCUCUCACUCUUCAGAAUUCAGCCUUCCUUCUAAUGCUCAAGUCCAAAAUCAUCUCUCUUCUGCAGACCCGAAGCUUGAAUUACUCACCAGCUUGUUGGGUUCAAGAAAACUCAACAGAAAUCCAAAUGGAAACCAUGAUAAUUCACGCAAGUAUAGUUGCAAGCUUUGUGGGUUGAAAUUUGACCUCUUACCUGACCUAGGGCGCCAUCAUCAAGCUGCACACAUGCAACCCAACAGGCCCUGCAACUUCCCCCCUAGGAGAGGUCACACUUCCAAUGCUUCUAAAGCCAAACCCAACAAGAUACUGAAAUCAAGAUUGAAGAGGGGACAUAGAAUCCCAAUUGGAGUUAAGAAGACCACCACCUUUGGCAUCAAGAAACACUUGCAAAGGCUGAAUUUAGUAAGCUCUAGGAAGGGAAUUCUACAGUCACCAGAAACCUGGGCAUCCGAAAAAAAUGUGGAAGAGAGGCCCAUCGAGUCAUAUUGUUCUUCUGUGGCCAAUAUUUUGUUCCCUAAGUUUCAAAGGACAAAGCUUCGGCCUACCAAUAAUGACAUUCUAGGGUUUGCUCGCUCUGCAUGUUGCAAGGCUAGCCUGCUUGCUGCUCUAGAGUGCAAGUAUGGUGUACUAUCAGAGAGAUUGUGCAUAAAGGCAGCCAGGCUCUGUAGUGAGAUGAAUGUCCCUAUUGAGUGGCACAGGGAGAAGUUUAUAUGUCCCAAAGGUUGCAAACCUAUAAUGGAUACAUAUGCCCUGGGGAUUCUGAUGCCACUUCCUCUUGGGGUCAUAACCGAGAGUCCUUCUGAACCAUUGGAUCUCUGGAAAUCAUCUGGUGAUGCGGCAAAUGGGGAAAUGUGGGAGAUGGAUGAGAGCCACUGCGUACUUGAUUCUAGGCAUUUUAAAAGAAAAUUUAGUUGUGACAACGCCAUUGUUGUAUGUGAGGAUUUGAGCUUUGGAAAGGAAUCAGUUCCGGUUGCUUGUGUAGUUGAUCAGGAAAUAAUAGAUUCUAUCUAUGGUGUUGUUAAUGAUGAGCUUAAAGCUAAGGAGCUUAGCCCUUGGAAGGGCUUCACCUAUAUCACUGAGAGAUUGCUUGAUCCUUCCCUUGGUCUUGAUACUAAGAGUUCACAGUUGGGCUGUGCUUGCCCUCAGUCAAGGUGUCAUCCUGAAACAUGUGAUCAUGUCUACCUCUUCGACAAUGACAAUGAAAAUGCUGAAGACAUACAUGGAAAAUCAAUGCAUGGAAGAUUUCCAUAUGAUGAAAAAGGCAGAAUUAUUUUGGAGGAGGGUUACCUGGUUUAUGAGUGCAACUCUAUGUGUAGCUGUGAUCGAACUUGUCAGAAUAGGGUUUUACAGAAAGGAGUGCGAGUUAGAUUGGAGGUUUACAAGACAAAGAACAAGGGAUGGGCAGUGAGAGCUGGUGAAGCAAUCUCACGUGGAAUGUUUGUAUGUGAGUACAUUGGAGAGGUUCUGAAUGAUCAGGAGGCAAACAGGAGAGGAGAGAGGUAUGACAAUGAAGGUUGCAGCUAUUUGUAUGACAUCGACGCCCAUAUUGGUUCAAGUGGCUUUGUUGAAGCAGUGCCUCCAUAUGUGAUUGAUGCCACAAACUAUGGAAAUGUAGCGCGCUUCAUCAAUCAUAGUUGCUCUCCAAACCUUGUGAACUAUCAAGUGCUGGUGGAGAGCAUGGAUUGCCAACUUGCGCAUAUUGGUCUCUAUGCUAGUAGGGAUAUUGCAAUAGGCGAAGAAUUGGCAUAUGACUAUCGCUACAGGCUGCUCCCUGGGAAUGGGUGCCCUUGCCAAUGCGGGACCGCAAACUGCCGUGGCCGCCUAUACUGACUCAUAAACUAAUCGCCUCAUCUCUAUUUAACAUUACCUAAGACAUUCUCUUUUUACAGUCUCAAAUAUGGCCGUCAAGUAUGAGAGAGAGAGCAUUCUAGGGUUGGUCGGGGACGAAGCAUUUGAUUGCCAUUGUUUCUCUUACACCAUUGCAAUCAUCAAGGAGGUAUGUAUUCUGGAUGAUUGAAAGAAAAGCGUGUAUGGAAACAUUAUCUAUGAUUUUUUUUCUCUCAUCACUGUAUUAUGCAGUGAACAGUUGGAGAUCCUGAUUCUUAUGUAAAGUUGUUGGCUUCCAAAAUGUAUAAUACAUCCAUUUCACAAACUUGGUUUCUCAGGCGUUGACCUCUUAUUGCGGCCACAGACAUGGGCUUCAUGGAGGCUUUCUAAAUUAAGCAUAAAUAUGUAGGGUUUAUUACUUUGUUAAGUGUGUUAGUUAUUGGGAAACUAAUAGCAUUGUCAUUUAUGUCUUCAAGCU